GCCCGUCCCCGCCCGCGCUCCCCAUGGCGGCGGCGGCGGCGGCGGCGGCGGCCGGGGCGGCCCUGGGGGACAGCGGCGCCAUCGACUACUCGGUGCACGAGGCGUGGAACGAGGCCACCAAUGUCUACCUGCUGGUGGUGCUGGCCAGCCUGGCGCUCCUCGUCUACGCGCGGCGGAACAAGAGGAAGAUCAUGCGCAUCUUCACCCUGCCUCCAGCCGGCGAGGCGGCUCCCGAGCCCAACUUCUACGACAGCAUGAAGAAGAUCCGCCUGAGGCAGCAGCUGGAGAUGUACUCCAUCGCAAGGAAGUAUGAACAGCAGCAGCCACCAAAACAGACUGAAAGUGUACAGCUCUCAGUGGAAUGAAGUCCACAACUACAGGACCUCAGGAUAUAUUUCCAGGGCUGAUGAUGGAGUCAGUGUGGAGCUAUUUUCAGUGGCUCUUCAUUGAUGCAUUGCUGAAGCCAAGGGGAUGAAGGAAGGGGGCUCUCCUAAAAACUUUGUUUUCGGUAGGUUUUCUUUGAGCCUUUGAGGUAAACCGAGUGCCUACUAAAACAUUCAGCAUGGAAGUACCCAGCACAGGGCAGAUCUACUCAGAGAAACCUCUGAAGGUAGAGAAGUGCAGUCUUAACAAUGUUUUAAAUUAUUUCUCUCUCACCUUGGAAAUCAGCUCCUACCUUGCCCUGGUAAGGGCACGGUAGAGAAGGCAGUGCUGGUAUGUCUGGAAACCUUCCAUUUCUUGAUGACACGUUGAGUUUGCUGAACGCGUCAAGUAAAUGUGGCAGUAGUGCAGAAAGUUCUGCUCUCUGUGUUCAUAUGGGGGCUGUGUGUGCAGUACUGUGAACCUCUCCUGCAUCAGCUUCUGAGGAGUACAUAGAGAAUUGCGUGUCUAGAAGACACUUAAGGCCAGUGCUAUGCUAACAGCAAAGGCCGUUGGCUUAAUGUCGUCAAACUGCUCUAAAGAAUGGGAUUGUCUGUAAGGAUCUGUGUAAGCAGAAAGACCCAUGGCCAUCCAGAAGAGACAUCACUCCCCCGGUUAAUUUUUUCUUUCUAGGUAUAUCACAGCAUUAAUUUAAACAACACUGCAGAAAUUACUUCUUAAUAAAAGCGUUUAAUAAUGAAAACUA